AUGCCACAGCUUCAGGUCUUGGUGCUGGGUAUUGUUCACUUGGUGAUUCCGCGAGUGCCAUCCGAUGUGAUGGAGCACGUGCAGCGCGAGAGAGAGGUUGAAGCCUUCUUCAUCGGACAAAGUUGCGUGGCUACACUUGCGCAGACCACUGACUCCAAACUUGCGUCGAAAGGUGGAAUUGCCACGCGGCCAAGAAUGGAGGGGUUGCAACAGGCAAGCAUCGUCAGUGUGGACAGCAGGAUGCGUCGUUUGUCGGACUCUGCCCGAGUGCGGCUGGCUGCCAAAUCAGCCCUGGCUGACAAGGGCGACAUCACCGUCGCACGGGUGGAGGAGUUGUCCAAGCUGCGCGCGGCUUUGCUUCGCGAUGCAACAGCUGCAGCUUUCGACCGAGCAUUGCUGAAACGCCGAGAUCAGGUGACAGAGAAGCUGCAGAGUUGGCAGAGCAGUGCCGUCUUGUCACCCUUGAGCGCUGUGAUCAAGGCAUGGUGCAUCGCAGUGGUGGGUGGCGCGCUCCGCAGCAGAGCCGGCGAUCUCGCCGAUACGGUGCAGUUGUCUGUGACGCCGGUGGUGCUCCUUGCCGUCACUGCUUUGGUGUCGGUGCAUUUCGCCAACGAGAUGGUCCAGUCAUUCUUUUGCAUGAACAUUGCCUUCGUUCUGCCAGUGCCGCUGCCUCAGCUGUGCUACUGGCGCCUCACCUGUGAAGUCCUGAGCCCUGCGAGGCAACUCUUUUUUGCCUCCCUGGUGGCCAUGGGGGUGGCAGGCUGCGUGUUGCAAUCAUUUUCCAAGACCGGCGUGGGAGUGAAAGAGCAGAAAGAGGAUUGGUGUGAAAACCAUGAGACCUUGAGCCCCAUCUUGGAGGCAGCGUUGGGUUAUGCAAAGUCCAGCGAGGACCAACAUUUGGAAGUGUUGGAUGUAGGAUGUGGAACCUCUACUUUGCCCUGGGCGUUGUGGAAUCAAGGACAGCGCAGGGUACAUGCAAUUGACAUCGAUGCCGCAGUGAUCAAGUCACAGCAGAGCCUCCACAAUGCAGAAGGGCUUUUCUUCGUCGAAGCUGACAUCACUAGGCAAUCCUUGGGAGAGGAGAGAUUCGACUUUGCUGUUGAUAAAGGCACCAUGGACUACUUGCUUUGCGGUGAGCUUUCAGCCGCACUCCAGGCCCUCUCUACGGUGCGCCGCAGCUUGCGACGCGGUGGAGUCCUGCUUUUGAUCUCCAUCCAUCCUGUGAGUCUCUGGCAGGCGAUUUUGAAAGCAUUGAAGGGCCGCAUCAGUUUCAUCGAGCUGGAUUCCUGGUCCGUCCCAGCAAGUACAGGUGAUGAUCGAACUGCAGCCUUGGCAUUGCGGCGGUUGGAUGACGUAGACGAUCAAAUGGAUGGCGCCCAGGAGGCUGUGGCGAGGGUCAUGGAUCAGCACUUUACUACAGAGGCACCACUCUUAACUGCUGAGCGCUUGGAUGCCUUGAGAGAAGUAUGGGGCGAAGCUGAGGCAAAAAAGACCGUGGAGGAAGCCCAUGUGUUGCUCUUCCCAUCCGCGGCAGAACAGGCAGAGUAUCCGAUGGAGCUCUUUUUGGAGGAUUUGGCGGAGUUUCUCCAGACUGACCCUUCCAAGGCCACCUUGUCUUUGGUGGAUGCCGAGAAGUUCUUGGGUGAGAACCAAUGA